AUGGAUCCUAUAGAUUUCGAGUCACUGAAUAAGCUUUCCAGCUUCGUUGGUGAAGGCGCUCAGGAAUUGCUGAAGCAGGCUGGAGAAGAUGCCCCGUGCACCACUGGACCAUCGACUCCACCCCCUCCACCACCUGGAGAGUCGACUGUCCCUGUUCUAGGCAGCAAGAAACAAACACCUUCUAAAGAUGUUGCGAAAGGUGAUAAGACGGCUAUAAGUGCGAUACUACCUGGACCGCCUCCUGUGCCACCUGUUUACGGAGAUGAUUCAUCGGAUGAUUCACCAACUGUGCACGAUGCUGGUAUAUCUCCAGAAUCAUCUAGUUUCACCCAGAUGCAGACUGUUAAUGUUCUUCCAGUGCCACCACCUCCUCCAGUUAUACCAAGUCGGCUGAACAUAGCUGUUCCUCCGCCGCCUCCUCCACCACCGCCUCCACCAUCUACAUCUGCCGCUCAGGCUCCUGUUACGCCAACCCUUCCCCAACCUUCGAACUCUGGUGCGACAACAAGCAGUGCACAGUCUC